UGCAGUGUAUGUAUGUGGUCUGCCUGCUGUUCCUAACAGCUCCGCCAUUGUCUGGGCCUCAGCCUCCCCUCCUAUCUGUCCCUGUCUCAACCUGCCAUGACUUAGGGGCCAGAUUGGCAGACCCAUCUAGGUGCCACAUGCUCCAGAUUUCCUGGGCUUCGUUGCUCUGUUCUGGUACCUAUCUGACAUUCAUUCCCAUGCUUCCUGUCCUUUGACCCAGUUCUAAAACAUCAUCUUUCAUCCAUGUGCUUGACGGCUAAGUGACCCGGGAGUCAGCAAGACCGUUUAUCUCUGCUUUCAAAGUAGGUUCGACAAAAACUGGUUAAGACAGAAAACCAAACAUAAGAGGGUCACGGAUGCCCCACCAGAAGACCAUGAUCUCGUUACCCAAACCAGAAGCAAGCGAGCCUGUAUCUACCCCGGCUUCGUUAUCGAGAUUCCAACAGAGCCCCCCCGGGGGGGGGGCGGGAUUAGGGCGGAGCCUGGUUGAUGAGGUGGUCCGCACUGUGGAGCAAGUCUUGCUCGCUGCGCUCAAGAUUGGGUAGCCUAGCCGGAAGUGGGCGGCCUUCUACCCGGAAGGUGCGGGACUCCGUGGCGGCGGCAAAAAUGCUCGGUGCUAGAGCAGACUGCCUGCUACCCACCGACUGCUCGCGCCGGCUAGUGGCGGAGGUACAGGGCGCCCUGGAUUCCUGCGCCGAGAGGCAGCGGCAGUUAGAGCGGAGCCUGCGCGUUUCCAGGCGGCUGCUCCAAGUCUGGGAACCAGCCAGGACCCCAGCUCCAGAGCCAGAAACCAAGGAAGAGGCCCCAACUCCAGCAUGCACAACGAGUGCUCAAGACCUCAAGGAACUGGAGCUUCUGACCCAGGCACUGGAGAAGGCUGUACGAGUGAGGAAAGGCAUGUCUAAGGCUGGACAAAGAGACAGAACCCCCAGCCUGACAUCUGCAUCUAAUGCAGCCACUUCUGGUGCCACUGCCCCUGCCCAUUCCCAGGCCCCCAGCCGGGCUGGCAGCCGUGCAUCAGGUGCAAGAUCCACCAGCGGCAUACAACGGGCCACAGUCCCUGCCAAGGACUACCCUGAGUGCAGACUUCUGUCGAGGGGAGAUAGGGCCCAUGUGAGGACAGGAACCCAAGCUACCCGGUCUGGACCAGGCCUCAGGGACCAACAGAUGGCCCCAUCAGCUGUUCCUCCUGCCACAGAACUCUUCACACUAAAAGAGAAGGGGACCCUCCUGCAACUACCUGUGGCCUUCAGGAAGGCAGCUUCCCAGAAUUCCCGUCUGUGGGCCCAGCUCAGCUCUAUAGAAGGCAGUGACUCCGCAGAUGCCACCAGAGCCGCCAAAACUCAGUUCCUCCACAAACUCCAGGUGGCUUCAGGCUGGUCCAGCCACAGACCCGGUGCUGCAGAAGUGGAGGCACACGCCCGGAGCCUGAGGAAGGCCUGUACACUGCUGAGACUUCAUAUGCAGAGGGAGCUUUCGACAGCCCCCACUGACUGGAUGCAGGAGUACCGAUGCCUGCUCGUCCUGGAAGGACUGCGGACCAUGGUUGGGCAGUGUCUCCACAGGAUACAGGCACUGCAAGCAGCUGCGACAGAGGGACUGCCAGAACUCAGCCUUGUGGAGAAGCCCACUCAGGCCUCGCCACUUUGUGGAGGAGAGACAGACUCUUCCUGGAGCCCUGAGCUCCUUCUCUACUCUGACACCCAGGAGCUGCAGACCUUGGCAACCUUGAAGCUCCGAGUAGCCAUGCUGGACCAGCAGAUCCAUCUAGAAAAGGUUCUGAUGGCUGAACUCCUCCCUCUGAUAAACACCCAGGAGCCCCGAGGGCCACCUUGGCUGGCACUGUGUCGGGCUGCAUACAGUCUGCUCUGUGAGGGAGGUGAGCACUUCCUCACAGUCCUUCGAGAUGACCCCGCUGACUAAGCAGGCUGGCCAGACAAGCCUCUCUGGGAGAGUCCUCUCCUCUCAGCUGGAGUGUAGCGAACAGGGAUUGAGGGGAAAUUUCCUGUUUGGAGGAGCUAAGCACACAGAGAUACCUGUAACUUCACUGGGAAAGCUGGGUUCUCCCUCAGCUCCACUUAGUACCAAACUUCCUGGUCAGGGCUCAGCUAGAAAGGCAGAAGCCUUCCUGGGAAGCCCUUCUUGGCUCGCUCUACUUUCUCUCGCCGUAGGCUCUCAGACUACUCAUAUGAUACUAGAACUGUUUUAGAAAGUGUGUGUAUUUAUAUUAUUAUAUCAAAGUCAGGCUUGGUAAGGAGCUUUUCAUGUUCUUGUUUCUUUCUUUGUGGUUUUAAGGAUUUUAUCGAUUAAGGGGCUUGGUGCACACCUGUAACCCCACCACUGGCGAGCCUGAGGCAAGAGGCUCCUAAGUUUAAGGCCAGCCUGAAACCCUGUCUGAAUAAUAAAAUAAGAAAAGAAUA